UGAAUGACGUCAUCGGUCCAAAACAUAAAUAUUGACAUCCGAGUCGUAUCUGCGCCAGAUAUGUCUGAACUCUGAACAUGUUAUGAAUUGAUAUGCAUAGGCCUUAUAUGUUUAUAUUGAUAUGUUUAUGUGAUGGGCACUAGGCCACAGGCUAACUUUUCUUGUUUUUCUUCUUCAGAAAAUUGGUAGUGAUGGAGGGUCCUCAGCCUGCACUUUGCCUGGUGUGCAGUACAAAGUGUGCUCAACCCACCCGAUGGCUGGCACAACUGCAGACGCGCCUAGCCAUUCGGCUCAGCUUAGAGUUCUCCGACCGACCCCCACCAGAGCAGGAGGAUGCCCUCUGUGGCAAUUGCAUCCACCUACUGGAGGACCUCGAUGACCUCUUGGCCCAAGUGGACCGGCUGAGACGGCAGCUGAGGGGACUCGCCACCGCAGGACGGAAAAAGGCAGCAGCGUCUGCCGCUGUCCGGACCAACGGGCAGACAGCGGCCCGGUCGGGUCUCAGUGAGGCACACCUCAGUGUAAAGGAGGAGCCCCCGGUGGAGAGCAAUGCUGCCGUGGCUGUGACUGUGGCUCCAUGCCCAGACGGGCUGGCACCCGCAGAGGAGACGGCUCCAGUGAACAUUAUACCGGUGCAGGCGGUCCGUGUGAGCGACGAUUGCACGGCGGGAGCUGCUGUGAGCCCCGCUGGCUCAUCCUGUCACCCUGACCAGCCCGGGAAGGUGAAGGGACCCCCGACGGACCCGCCCGGUGACCCGGAGAAACAGAGAGAGCAGGCGGAGGGUCAGGGGGAGGAGGACGUGUUUCUGGGUUCUUCCUCCCUGACAGAUGACCCGGCUCUACUCGUCUCGCAUCAACCAGACGGAGCAGACGAGGACGACCCGCUGGCUGUUAAAGUGGACGGCCCGGACGCUGAGACCGAACCGGAGAAUAACGCGGACAUUAUCGGUCCGAGCGUGCCCCUAGGAGCCAAGCUGAUCGGCACCCAACUCCCGGCUAAGUCUCGGGCUCGCCGGCGCCCGCCGUCCAAGGCCAGGGCGGCGGCGCGGCCGGCCAAGCCCCCCGUGCCCUGGCAGCGGGUGGAGGGUCCGGCGCCGUACCAGUGUACCGUCUGCAGCCGCCAGUUUCAGUACCUGGCCAGUAUCAAGAUCCACGCGCGCACGCACACCGGCGAGCGGCCGCACGAGUGCGACGUGUGCGGGCGCCGGUUCGCGCUGCGCACCACACUCAUCAACCACCGGCGGCUGCACACCGGUGACAAACCGUUCAAAUGCGACCAGUGCGGCCGCGAGUUCGCGCAGCAGUCGUACCUCAUCAUACACCGGCGCGUCCACUCCAAGGACAAACCCUACUGCUGCGAGGUUUGUGGUAAGACGUUCAAAUCGCCCUACUACCUCAACAUUCACAAGCGGAUACACUCGGGCGAAAAGCCCUACACGUGUGAUGAUUGUGGAAAGGGUUUCACCACUGUCUCCAAUUUGUACAAACACAAGCGCGGCCAUCGCGGCGAGCGGCAGUUCUGCUGCGAGGAGUGCGGCAAGACGUUCCGCGACGGCACCCACCUGCGCGACCACCGCCGCUCCCACACUGGCGAGCGGCCGUUUGCCUGCGAGGUGUGCGCCAUGACAUUCGCGCACGCCAAAACCCUGAAUCGUCACUCGCGCCUGCACACGGGCGAGAAGCCCUACUCGUGCCUGGAGUGUGACAAGUCGUUCAGCCGGCGGGAGGCGCUCCGGGACCACGCCAAGGUGCACGAGACGGCGCCGCGCGCGCCGUCGCCGACCUCGGCGGCGGCGGCGGCGGCGCUGGCCGACGGCCACGUGUCGCCGGGGCCGGCGGCGGCCGACGACCGGUUCUACAUGGUGGACGUGCUGCCGGUGCCGGGUGUGGAGGAGGCGCUCAGCUGGCCUCUCGAGGUGUACCGCACAGAGACGGGCGUCACCGUCUACAAGACGCUGGCAGAGGACGGCGCCGCGCUCUACCAGACCGAGACCGGCGAGGUGUUCCGCGAGAUGGCCGGCGAGGCCGAGCCGCCCCCACCCCCGCCGCCGGCGGGCUCCGGCGGCCAGCCCGACGAGCGGCUGUUUGACGAGCCGGCCGAGCCGCCGCCCGUCCUGCCCGCCUACGACCGGCUGGGUAUCUGAGCCGGGACCGGCGCCACGCCCGGGCUGUGGGAUUUGUGACGUCAUUUGGAGGACUCUGACGUCACUGAGAGCUGCUGAGUGCCAGUAGUGUUCUUCCUUCUACAGACGAAUUGGUCUGUCGUCUUUCUGCGAACCCUUCCUGCCAGGUCCGUAAAAGGUGAGAUGCAUGCAUACGACAUAACCCUUUCUGUGCCUUAGUGUAAAGUUUUAUCUAUUUAUGACGACGCAAUGAUCAGACCAAUGAUGAUAACGUUGAAUACCUUAAUCAGGAUAUAUCGUGUGUUGAGACAAUAUGUGUGCAAAACAACGUAUGAAACUGUUGUGAUUAUGUAGCGAUAUUAUCUCCCGUUAGCUUCACAUUUGCCAGUAGAAUGUUUGGCUGCUCUUUACAGCCAAUGCAGGGGGGGGGGCGAUACCUAAUACCUAUCUUCAGGGCUGCGGGGGCGCUCACUACUUCCCCAAUGUAUAAUGCUCCCAGUGCGAGUUCCUACCCACUGGACGUAAUCCCCCUCAGUUUUCUGUGUGACUGACAUUUGUAGGGCAAAAUACUUGUGAAGACGAUUUACGACAAACUAAUCCGUGCCUUCAGCGAAGUUGUGCAGUGCUUUAAUCGUCCCAGAUGGAAGGACGUGAUUACCUAGGUUACAACCCUUUUCGAGUUCCUUUUGUGUGUCGGUACUUAUUUGAACAAAGGAAUAGGAUCUCACCAGCUAUUUGUGCCACUGUAGAUAAGUUUUUAUAUGAUGUUAUUGCUCACAGAUAUGCCAGUUUGAUACUGUAUUAUAUUACUUUUCUAGUUUUGCAGCUUGGGGUGAUACCGAUCUGCAGUGUAAUUUAUAUGGAUCCGCAUUUGCGAACGCAUGGCAAUCGUUUGAUACUGUUGUGAAAUUGAAUAGACAAGCUUGUACGUG